CUCAAAGCGUGCAGUUCAGUGACGACGCAAAAACACGACCGACAAGCCAUUGGACGCUGAAAAGUUUACGUGCGCGCGACGUAAGCAAAAGCAAAAGCAUACAACAAAAUAGAAAGAAGAAUCUCUGAGCAACAAAAAAAUAUAUAAUUAAUACAUACAUACAUACGCCAAAUUGUUUAUAACAAGUAAUAAUAAUAAAAGAGAGUAUAUUCUACCAGUGUUUGUCGUGAGUGAUUGUGAGUGCUUGUGCAAUAAAUACAUAAAUACAUAUAGAAAUAAUUAUGUAUAUUAAAUAAGAAUUAAUGCAAAUAUGUACAAAUAAUAAACGAAGUGCUUUAACUGUCGUUUGUUUUGUUCGCGUUGUGCAAAUUAUAAUCAAUCGAUCCGGUCAAUUAAUUAUACGAUUUAAACAUUAUUUAUAACACGUUGCGACGGGCAAUCGUGCAAUAAUUCAAUAUAAAAUACUUCAGACCCCUUUAGAUUAACCGGGCCAACAAGUAUUUAUAGAACAUAAUGUGGCGAUCAACAAAGACAAGGCAACUAUAGUUUUUGGAUCUGGUGAUUGUUUUUAAAGAGAACAUUGACAAUUAAGAAACGUCUAUACAAAGUGAAACAAAACAGAACACUGCUAACAAUUUUUGGAUUUUAUAAUUAAUGAGACUAUGCAAAAUUGCUCUACGGCACUUGACAAAUUAUGUAAAAUAAAAUGUUUGUAGGCAACAUGAAGGCGUGGCAAUGUUGUCAAACGCCACUGCAACAACUACAACAAUAUACUGCUUUUAAUAGUUUCAUGCAUUCAAAAUGUACCGUUUGAAUGCUUCACAACAGCAGCAGCAACAACAGCACCAGCAACAGCAACAAAGUGGACAACAAGUCAAACAACAUAAACAAUCAGCAAUUCCCAGUCACAUUUUGUUGCAACAACAAUUAGCUGCGGCCGCUGCUGCCGCAACUGGAGCUGGCAAUAACAGCAAUAACAAUGCCGCCGCCGUCGCCUUGACCUUUCAAGGGGCCAAUGCAAAUGGCGGCGCAACUGCAACAACAGCGACAGCAACAACAACAACAACUACAACUGUUGAGGAUAAAUUAAAGCUAUUGACAACUGCCACGGCGACGACGUCACCGUCACCGACAUCAGCAUCAGCACCAGUAACAGUACCGGCACCCGCUAUAAUAAAAACCGAACCCAUGCCUGACGUCAUCGCCUUGACCACCAACUCCACAUCCACCUCGAAUAACAGCAACAGCUCUGUUGCAUCUGCAGCCAACAGCAGCAGCGGCAUUGCAUCAACAUCUGCGGCGGCGGCUGCUGCUGCAGCGGCUGCAGCCUCUUCCAAUGGGCAUUUGGUAUUUGUGCCCAAUAAACGGGCGCGUUUAGAUGCUCCCGAGGAUUGGAUGUCGACGCCAAGUCCAGGCAGUGUGCCCAGCUCGGCGCCGCCGUUGUCGCCAUCGCCAGGGUCACAGAACCACAGCUACAACAUGUCCAAUGGUUAUGCAUCGCCCAUGUCCGCCGGCAGCUACGAUCCAUACAGUCCCAAUGGCAAAACAGGUAAGUCAACGCUUUUGCAAGUUUCAUCAAGUUGAAACUACGUAUUGAGG